AUGUUUUGCCGAGCUGUCAGUGCAAAUGUGGGGGAAAAUUGCAAAGAAGAUGACCACUUGCUAGCGGUAGCUUCCUGCUAGCUGCUAUUUGCUAGCUGCUAACUGAUUACACAGAACGGGACUUGAGCAGGAAGAAGUAGCAUGCUAGGUAGAGAGAUGCUAGUUAGCCCUUUUUAGCUUGCCCAUCCUAUUUUGGGAUUGGCAUUCCGCUAGCUAGUAACCUUAACUUAGCUGCCCUUAUCGUGACUGUAAGAAGACUGCUUAUUAAGUCACGUCAACACCUCCUUUUGUAAAAAACUGAUAUCGGCUGAUGUGAAGUGGCGAGCGAGAAAAGCUGUGCAUGAUGAUGAUGAUGAUGAUGUUGCAAUGUUUCCUCUGACGUGAAAUCAACUGGUAUGAAUGAUGAGAAACAACACAAGGGGCCUUGUGUCUCGUAAUUCCAGGCUAGAAGAGAAACUGUACAAUGUCCUUGAAGCCGCGGGUGGUGGAUUUUGACGAGACAUGGAACAAGUUACUGACGACAAUCAAGGCUGUUGUGAUGCUCGACUAUGUGGAGAGAGCCACGUGGAAUGAUCGGUUUUCCGACAUUUAUGCCUUGUGUGUUGCAUACCCAGAGCCUUUGGGUGAAAGAUUAUACACAGAGACCAAGGUGUUUCUUGAGAAUCAUGUUCGGCAGUUGUACAAGAAAGUCCUGGAAUCAGAGGAGAAGGUUUUAGUGAUGUACCACAGAUACUGGGAUGAGUACAGCAAAGGAGCUGACUACAUGGACUGCUUGUACAGGUAUCUCAACACUCAGUUCAUCAAGAAGAACAAACUUACAGAAGCAGACCUACAGUACGGCUACGGGGGAGUGGACAUGAAUGAGCCGCUCAUGGAGAUUGGAGAGUUGGCGCUAGAUAUGUGGAGGAAGCUAAUGAUUGAGCCUCUUCAGGCUGUCCUGAUCCGGAUGUUGCUGAAUGAAAUCAAAAAUGAUCGUUGCGGUGAGAACCCCAACCAGAAGGUAAUCCAUGGGGUCAUCAACUCCUUUGUUCAUGUUGAACAGUACAAGAAGAAGUUCCCACUAAAGUUUUAUCAGGAAAUCUUCGAAGGGCCAUUUCUGACAAAAACAGGAGAGUAUUACAAACAGGAAGCCUCCAAUCUACUGCAAGAAUCCAACUGCUCACAGUAUAUGGAGAAGGUUUUGGGUCGGUUGAAAGAUGAAGAGGUGCGAUGUCGGAAGUACCUGCACCCCAGCUCCUAUGCCAAAGUCAUCCAUGAAUGCCAGCAGAGGAUGGUGGCAGAUCAUCUGCAGUUCCUCCACGGAGAGUGCCAGAGCAUUAUUCGGCAGGAGAAGAGAGAGGACAUGGCCAACAUGUACACCCUGUUGCGAGCCGUGGCCAAUGGCUUGCCCCACAUGAUCCAGGAGCUGCAGGUCCAUAUCCACAAUGAGGGCAUCCGAGGCACCAGUAACCUCUCUCAGGAAAACAUGCCAACCCUGUUUGUGGAGUCAGUGCUGGAGGUUCACAGUAAAUUUGUUCAGCUCAUUAACACAGUUCUAAAUGGAGAUCAGCACUUCAUGAGUGCACUCGAUAAGGCUUUGACGUCUGUGGUGAACUUCAGGGAGCCUAAGUCCAUCUGUAAAGCCCCUGAACUGCUGGCAAAAUACUGUGACAAUCUGCUGAAGAAGUCUGCAAAGGGAAUGACAGAGAAUGAGGUGGAAGACAAGCUGACCAGCUUCAUCACAGUCUUCAAGUACAUAGACGACAAGGACAUCUUUCAAAAGUUUUAUGCCAGAAUGCUAGCAAAGAGGUUAAUACAUGGUUUAUCAUUGUCGAUGGACUCAGAAGAAGCCAUGAUCAACAAACUAAAGCAAGCUUGUGGCUACGAGUUCACGAGCAAACUCCACAGAAUGUACACAGACAUGAGCGUGAGUGCCGACCUCAACAACAAGUUCAACAAUUUCAUCAAGACGCAGGAGACUGUGGUGGACCUGGGCAUCAGCUUCCAGAUCUAUGUAUUACAGGCUGGAGCCUGGCCUCUCACACACGUCCCCUCCUCCACAUUCGCCAUCCCUCAAGAACUAGAGAAGAGUGUGCAGAUGUUUGAGUUGUUCUAUAAUCAGCACUUCAGUGGGAGGAAGUUGACCUGGCUGCAUUAUCUCUGCACAGGUGAGGUGAAGAUGAACUACCUGUCCAAGCCCUACGUUGCCAUGGUGACCACCUACCAGAUGGCUGUGCUGCUGGCCUUCAACAACAGCCAGACGGUGACCUGCAAGGAGCUGCAGGACGGCACCCAGAUGAACGAGAAAGAGCUACAGAAGACCAUCAAGUCCCUGCUGGACGUGAAGAUGCUCAACCACGACUCACAAAAGGAGGAGAUUGAAGCCGAGUCCACGUUUUCACUAAAUAUGAGUUUCACCAGUAAAAGGACAAAGUUCAAGAUCACAACAUCAAUGCAGAAAGACACACCACAGGAGAUGGAGCAGACGAGGAGCGCCGUAGACGAGGACCGUAAAAUGUAUUUACAAGCUGCUAUAGUGAGAAUUAUGAAGGCCCGCAAAGUGCUCCGACACAACGCCCUCAUACAGGAGGUCAUCAAUCAGUCCAAAGCCAGGUUCAACCCCAGUAUCAGCAUGAUCAAGAAGUGCAUCGAAGUGCUCAUCGACAAGCAGUACAUCGAACGAAGCCAGACCUCGGCAGACGAGUACAGCUACGUCGCAUAGACAGAAGAGCCAGAGAGCGCCUACACAAAAACACCCGCCUGUGUGACUGACUGGCAGAUGCAGGUUUAAAACAAAGUAAACAACAACAAAACAGACUCAUUCAUCCAUUUAGGUUUUGGACUGUCGCUGUCUGCUGUGAUCCCACGCGGUGACCAAAGCAGGACUGGUGCCUCCAUCUUUGAAAACAAGACAGGUCACCGUGUCACGUCAGACAGCUAGCCGACACCACCAUCCAUAAGGCCCUCUUCCCAACCCCCACCCACCUUCUGAUUUUAAGCUGUUUACAACAUCACCAGUGCCACGCACCUGUGCGUCAAACAACUAAAAGAAAAUGCCUAUAGCUGUUCGAGAGGAAAGAGCUGAUAAACAUACUAGUCGACCGAAAAUAAAGGAAAAAAUAAGAAAACGGGGAAAGAAUCUAGUUAUGACAUCAAUGACACAUUGGUGGCUACACAUUAAAAAACAUGCUUUCUUUUCUCACGUUUGCAGUUGUUGUGUGUUUAUUUUUUUUUUCUUUGUUAAAUGUACUGAAGUUAGGAAAAAAAUAUUGUAAUAAAACUGGUAUACUGACUAUUGUAUCUACUUUCAAAUGUAAAGAAAAAAUGAGGUGACAAACAUGAUCCUGCUGCUUGUCAAAUAAAUAAAUAAAAAACACUGAA